AUGGAAAGUUCGAAAAAUGAUGGCACAUCAAAACGUCAUCGAAGAUUUUCAUUUAAAUCGGUGCAAUCGUCGUCGCCUCUGCCAUCGGAUGGACAUACCGUUGAAUGUUAUAAAUGUGGUAAUGUAUGUGACGAGAUGGAUCUCUUUCAACGAAAAUCUAAAGCAUAUCCAGACGAAGCUUUAUGUCCACGGUGUACACAAUACAUUGAUGUAAGGGCCAUGCGAACAGUACAAGUACACACAUCAGAACAUCAACAACAUCAAUUUUUCACUAUGACUCGGCGUAACGGAAUAGUUCCUAUACAUUCCUCAUAUGGAAUGAGUAAACCAGUAAAAUAUCGUUAUAUCAAUAUCAAUGCUGUAAAAGCUAUGUAUAAUCGUACCGAUACGGAACGUUAUAUCAUCAGCUUGGCUGGUUUAUACAAUAUAUGGGAUAGUUCUAAAGGUCGUGAGUUUAUUAACUGCCUAAUCAAAUCAAUUCAUGAUCAGCAACUAGAAUUUACCUGUGACCAUUCAUUUACAAGUGAAAGUGGUGAAACAUAUUAUAUGCUGAUUUGUGUACGAACACUCUCAAAUCGGACUGAAAUUGGUUAUUCGUAUCAACAAAUUUCCGAUGAAUCAGGUAUCGGCGGAGUCGAUAUGGGAGAAAAAGUUUUCUUAUCAGAACGGAAAUCCGAGCAGUGGUUAAAAGACAAAGCGUUUGAAAAUCUACGCAUUCAUACACAUGUUGUACGUAGUUUUCAUACCAAUCGUUACCGUAGCAAUGCACCAAUUUAUCAUCCAGUAGCUCGCACGAGAUCAGAAUAG